AUUGCGAUUAACGUUGCUGUCUAUGUCCAUUAUUUACCAUCUUUCUUUCUAUAUAUCUAUCUAAGCUAUCUCAAUUUAUUUUAUUUCGUUCUUACAUUAUAUACUCAUCACAACCAUUGUCAUAGAUUUUCGCAAAGAAGCUAGAUUUGAGUAAGAUUCAUUGACCGAUCAAUAUGGCAAACGCAAUCUUCAUCACUCACAACAAAUCUUCAUUAAUUGUUGCUCCAAGAACAUUCCACAAAUGUCAAAGUUCAAACGUAGACAAUGUUCGAAUCAGUUUCGGAUCCAACAUCAAAUUUAAUGGCUCCCGUGUUCCACAACAGAACCUUCUUCCACUCAGAAGAAACAUGAAACUAUGGGUGGUUGGAACCAUAUUCACGAUAGUGAUGUCAUUUUCGAAGGGCAAAUGGGGUCCUUUGCUACUUCUCAAAGAGAAAGUUGAAACAACAAUAGAGGAAGCAGAAAGAAUCGCAGACGUGAUAGAAGAGGUGGCAGAGAGAGUGGACAAGGCGGCUGAAGAAGUUGUGAAGAUUAUUCCAGAAGGAAAACUUCGUGAUGCUGUUGAAUUCGUUGAGAAAGUGGCUGAAAAUGUAGACAAGAUUGCUGAAAAUGCAGGAGAUACACUGGAAAAGGUAGAUGAUAUGGAAGAUGAGUUGGAUUCAUUGUUGAAAUCAUUGCCUAAGCAACAAAUAAAUGCUGUGACAACUACAGAAUCAAAAGAUCAAAAGUAGAGAAAAACCAAUUAAGUGGUAAAUGUAUAAUUUUAGAUCUGUAGGAUUUUAUUUUUAUUGGGAGGGGGUUCAUGGGGGAAAAGUUGGUUCAUUAUUUGUAUGCUUGUAAUUUUAUCUUCAUAUUUAUAAAAUAAAUGUUGUAAGGAACAGUUAAAAUUUCUUCGUGAUUUAAUAAAUAACAUUCUUUCAUGGUGUA